UAGGCAAAAUCAGAGUGGCGAGAGGUAAACAAAACAAAAGAAAUUCUUCUUAUUCUCAAGAGCUUUUAGAUUUGUGUUGUGUAGUUGAUUUUGAUUAUUAUCUGAUCUUUGUUAUUUUAUUCCCCUUCUGUAAUUCCCCGCUUCUCUGAAUCCCUUUCUGUUAAUUAUCUGUCUUUCAACUUAUGAUUUUUGGGUUUGUCUUUUAAUCAAAGAAAAAGUCACAAACUUAGAAGAAUUUUUCGAAAGCCAGGUGUUUUCAGAAUCGAGAUCCAGCUUUUUAUUUUACUUGUAAAUUUUAGCCACAAGAGGGUUGUUUUUGAUCCCUUUUAAGGCUCUUUUGUUUUUCUUAUUUCAAGGUUUUGAAAGGAUUGUCUAUUUAAAAUCACUUUCCAUAUACCUUGUUGAAUUGAUUUUCUUUAAUUAACCUGUUCUUCAAUUUUAGAAAGAUACGGGUGUUAAUUUUCGCAGGAAAUAUGGCAGCUAUGAUGGAUUUAUACAGUAACACACAACUUCACAUGGAUCCUUAUGCAGAUCCGUUUAGAGGUGAAUUAAUGGAAGUUCUUGAACCUUUUAUCAAAAGUCCUUCCCAAAUUUCUACUACGUCACCAUCACCUUCUUGUUCUUCUUAUUCUCUCUCUGAACCUUCUCUCUCUUCUUUCCCUUCUUUCUACAAUGAUGGUUGUUCUACGAACUUCAUAGGCUUUGUUCAACAACCAUCUUCUACUCCUUCUUCUUCUCUUCUUGGUCUUAACCAUUUGACCCCAUCUCAAAUCAACCAGAUUCAAUCACAAAUCCAACUUCAAAACUUUACCUUGCAACAACAUCAACAACAACAGCGUCUCAGUCUCAGUAACACUCUUAGCUUCCUCAGUCCGAAGCCGAUCCCUAUGAAGCACGUGGGCAGUACUCCUUCAAAGCCCACGAAGCUAUACAGAGGGGUGAGGCAAAGGCACUGGGGAAAAUGGGUUGCUGAGAUCAGACUACCUAAGAACCGUACCAGGCUCUGGCUUGGUACGUUUGAUACAGCAGAAGAAGCUGCUUUGGCUUAUGAUAAAGCUGCUUAUAAGCUUCGUGGUGACUUCGCUAGGCUGAAUUUCCCGAAUCUGAAACACCAAGGUUCAUGUAUUGGCGUUGGUGGUGAGUUUGGUGAGUAUAAGCCUCUUCCUUCUUCUGUUGAUGCUAAACUUCAAGCUAUUUGUGAAGGUUUAGCUGAGAUGCAGAAACAGGGAAAGUCAGAGAAGCCUAAGAAAACACCAGCGGCUCGGUCCAAAGCUGUGUCGAAGGCGGUACCGGUACCGCCUUCGACGGUGGAGAAGUCUGUUGAUGAUUUGAACAAGGUUUCCGGUUCAGGUUCAGAUUCAGGUUCAGAAGGGUGUUGUAAGGUUGAGGUUUCGCUUUCUCCGGUGAUGACUGAGAGUGAAGGCUCUUCACCACUUUCUGAUCUGACUUUUGGUGAUGUUGGUGAGCCACAGUGGGAAGGUGAUUCAGAAAAUUUUAAUUUGCUGAAGUACCCCUCUUAUGAGAUUGAUUGGGAUUCUCUGUGAAGUUUGGUCUUUAUAUGUAUUUUUUUUUUCUAGGGAAGAUUAUCUCAUGCAUGCAUUACUAUUACUAUAAAGUAUAUGAUAUGAUGUAACUAGAUUUUAGUUUCUUAGAUGAGUGGUUACUGCAAUGGAAUUUUUGACAAUUGCAGUGCUACUUGUAGUUUAUAUUAUUGUAAAAUCUCUUCUACCUUGGUUCACAGCUGGUUUUUUUCUUGCUUGGCCGGGAGAAGACACUUGUUAUGCUUAUUGAUGUUCAUAUUUGUAGCUGUAAUGUAUAUCUACAUGCUGUUUAUUUUAUGGAGUAUAAGUAUAAAUAUUGUAGUACUAUUUUGUUUCUUGUUA